UGUCGUCAGCUGCAUGUUGAUGUUGUGUGGUUACAGUAGGACCGAGGGACGGAAGACGGUUUGUUUUUGUUCUGUUAUCCGCUAUUUUUACCCUCAAAACCACCUCCUAUUGAAUUAAAUUCGCUCCAGGGUGAAAGGAGCAAACAUUACGAACUAAAAGACGCACACGUUUAAAUGUUAAAACGCGGUUGGAGUCGUUAAAACGGACACCCUCUCUGAGCGGUCAUGACGAUCCUGCCGAAGAAGAAGCCGAACUCAUCGGUCGGUGUGUCUGAUCACCCCGACGACCCCGACCGCAGGACCGGCUCCGACCCGCAUCAGCACCAGCACUCCCACGGGGUCCGAUCGGGUGCGAGGCCUCGCGCUUCCCCGCCACCUUGGUCUUAUCAAGCCGCUCCGCCGGCGUCCAGAGAGGACAGGCGAACUGAAUCCAGCUCCCGGCCGCAGCAGGCCUCUCCUCCGCCGGUGGGCGCCGGGUCUCCGGUUGGCCCGGGGGAUGCGGCAGGGAUGGCGUGUGUGUCCGGGGGUCGGGCUGAGCUGUCAGGUGGAGUGGGCUGUGGAGGUGGGAUGGGAGGGUGCUGCUCGGGGCCUGGGCUAAGUAAGAGGAGGAGACAGGCGACCUGCUCCGGUGGGGUGGCCGGUGGAGGGACCGUACCCGGGGCGACAGGGGGAGGAGGCGGUGGUGGAGGAGGAGGGGGUCCUAGUCCCGAGCAGGAAGAAGGAGCCGGGUAUAACAGUGAGGAUGAGUAUGAGAAUGCUUCCAGACUACAGUCAGAGGAUCCAGCCACUGUUGAACAGCAGGAACACUGGUUUGAAAAAGCGCUCCAGGAAAAGAAAGGAUUUGUCAUCAAAAAAAUGAAAGAAGAUGGUGCCUGCCUCUUCAGAGCUGUUGCUGAUCAGGUUUACGGAGACCAGGAUAUGCACGAAGUGGUCCGCAAACAUUGCAUGGAUUACUUGAUGAAAAAUGCAGAUUACUUUUCAAACUAUGUGACGGAGGACUUCACUACAUACAUCAACAGAAAGAGGAAGAACAACUGUCACGGGAACCAUAUUGAGAUGCAGGCUAUGGCGGAGAUGUACAAUCGGCCAGUGGAAGUUUAUCAGUACGGCACAGAACCAAUCAACACGUUCCAUGGCAUCCAUCAAAAUAAUGACGAGCCAAUCAGAGUUAGUUACCAUCGGAACAUUCACUACAACUCAGUUGUGAAUCCCAAUAAAGCCACGAUUGGAGUUGGGCUUGGACUUCCUGCCUUCAAACCAGGGUUUGCAGACCAGUCACUCAUGAAGAAUGCAAUUAAAACAUCAGAGGAGUCUUGGAUUGAGCAACAGAUGCUGGAGGACAAGAAGAGGGCCACGGAUUGGGAAGCCACCAACGAGGCUAUAGAAGAGCAAGUGGCCAGAGAAUCGUACUUACAGUGGCUUCGAGACCAGGAGAAACAGGCGCGACAGCCUCGUAAGGCCAGCGCUACGUGCAGCUCCGCCACGGCUGCGGCCUCCAGUGGUUUGGAAGAAUGGAAUGCCCGGUCUCCGCGGCAACGCAGCUCCGCCCCCUCUCCGGAGAUUCCUGAUCCUUCGCAUUCGGACACACCCGCUAAGCCCCCCUCCCCGGCCGGAGCGGCCCUCGCACUAUCCAAACCCCCGUCACCCUGCGCACCAGGUCCCAGUAACCAGGCUUGCGUUGGACCAGACAGACCCAGCUCGUCUUCUCUGGUGUCUCUGUAUCCGGCACUGGGCUAUCGGGCCAUUAUGCAAGAGAUGUCCCCUACUGCUUUUGGACUUACAGACUGGGAAGACGACGAGAUAUUGGCGUCCGUCUUGGCCGUGUCACAACAGGAAUACCUCGAUAGCAUGAAGAAAAACGCCAUGCAUAGAGAACCUUCUCCAGAUAGCAGUUGAUAAAGGAGGGUGAAGGCACAAUCUGCAACCGAAGCAGGAUGCAGAUACAUGGGGAUCAAACCAAUCACAUUCUCUCCAUCAUCAUGCAGUUCACAUUGUCCUUCCUUUCCUUCACCCAUCCAUCCAUCAGUCCAUCACUGGCCCAUUGUUGUGAUACUACUCGCCUAACCACUCCUUUUCUUUCUUACGCCAUCAUCAUCAUCAUCAUCGGACUUCUUUAGGUGCAUGUGAAAAUAAACAUGACUGAUAUCAUUAUUGAAUACAUGGGGAAAUAAAAAAUUAUUGAAAAGAAAAAAGUCAUUCUUUAUCCUCUUAAUAAUUGAUUAAUAUAAUCUUGUUUUAUUUUCUUGUUUGGGAUGAAAAUGCUCUUUUUUUUUUUUCUUGUAAUAAAAAAAAGAAUUUUCUGAAGAAAUGUA